AUGGGUCUCAUCUUCAACAUUGCCCUUGCCGUCUUCGCUGGCACGGGCAGCUUCCUCUUCGGAUAUGACUCUGGAGUAAUGACCAUUGUCAUCCAAUCACCCAACUUCCUCGCCUUCUUCGACACAGAGAAGACAUCGCCGAUUAUAGGAGCCAUCAAUGCGACGUUUUCAGGUGGAGCAUUUUUCGGUUCGCUGAUGGGAGGGUUCACGAUGGAUAGGUUCGGUCGCAGGAAGACAAUCAUGAUCGGAGCUUUGAUAAACCUGAUCGGAGCUAUACUCCAAUGCGCCGCCCAGGACCUCGCUAUGAUACUCGUCGGACGAAUCUUGGCUGGAUGGGCAGUAGGUCUAAUGUCCAUGUCCGUACCCAUCUACCAAACCGAAUGCGCCCACCCCAAAACGCGAGGUCUAAUCACCGGUCUCACGCAGCAAAUGAUCGGCGUGGGUUUCAUCGUCUCAACAUGGAUCGGUUACGGCGCCUCGAAAGUACCCGCAACAAACUCCUUCUCCUGGCGCUUCCCCCUCGCUUUCCAAUGCCUACCCUGCUUGAUCAUCAUAUGCGGUAUGCUGUUCUUCCCAGAAUCGCCCCGUUACCUGGUAGAGAUCGACCGCGCAGACGAAGCGCUGAAGGUGCUUCGCAAGUUGCACUACAAUGGUAGCAACGACGACUGGAUCCAAAGCGAGUUCAACGAGAUCAAAUUGACUAUUGAUGCGGAGAAAGCGAUUACCGCGCCGGGCUGGAAGGUCAUGUUUACGGUUCCCGUGUGGCGGAAGAGACUUAUGCAUGCUACGCUUGUUCAGGUGUUUACGCAGAUGACUGGUAUCAACGUUAUCGGUUACUACUCCACCAUUCUCUACGAGAACCUCGGUAUUGUCGGCGACCGCAACCUGCUCGUUACCAGCAUCUACAACAUCGUCGGCCCCGUGUUCAACCUCUUCUUCAUCGUCUUUCUCCUCGAUCGCGUUGGCCGCAAGAAGCCCCUUCUCUUCGGCACCAUUGGUAUCUCUAUCGCCCUCAUCUGCGAAGCGAUCAUCGGAUCUCAGGUCGAAGGUGCUACAGGAUCCCGAAGAGACUCGCUAUCUGCCGCUGGCGUCUUCUUCUUGUUUCUGGUAUCUUGCAUCUUCUCAAUGUCCUUCGGUCCAAUUUCUUGGGUAUACGCCAGUGAGAUUCUCCCGCUGAGUAUCCGUGGACGCGGUUCUGCUUUCGCAACUGGUUUUGGUAACUGGCUUGUGGGAACUGUGUGGAGUCAGGUGUCGCCCAUCGGGCUGGGUGAGAUUACUUACAAGUUUUACUUCAUCUUUGUGGCUUUCAAUCUCUGUGUCACGUUCCCGACUAUCUGGUUCGUGUUCAAGGAAACGAAGCAGCUCACACUUGAGGAGAUUGACCUGCUGUUCGGCGAUCGUGCACUUGGCACGCUUCCUGAUAACCUGGAUGACAAGCAGCGGGUGAUAGAACUGGAGAGGAUUGAUGCUGCGAAGAAGAAGCUCGCCGGCAACCACGUUACGGCUGUGCAUUAG